GACUCACCAGACCACCGGUGGCGGUUAGUUGUCGUACAGCAGCAGCAAGCGAGAGAGACUUACUGCUUUGAGUUUAUUUUAUUCCGCAAGUCGCAAGCUUUAUCACACUUUCUAUCACAAUGCAGAAGGCAGAGCUGAGCAAGGAUCAGAUGAGGGUCCUGAAGGAAGCCUUCGUUGCCUUUGAUAUCGAAAAGAAGGGCAGCAUCUCGCUGGAGAUCGUCGGUGAGAUCCUCGAGCUGCUUGGCUACGCCCUAUCGGAAGAAGAACUUCAGGAAGUCAUCGAAGAGUACGAUGUCGACGAAUCGGGAUUGAUAGAGUUUGAUGAGUUUAUUGAGCUGGCCUCGAACUAUGUUGAACCGGAGGAGGAUUACGAUGUUCUGCGUGCUGAACUACGUGAAGUGUUCAUGCUGUACGACAAGGACGGCAAAGGCUUCAUUCCCGUGGACGCGUUCAAAGGAAUUUUGCGCGAAUUGGACGGUGCGGUCCCGGAAACCGAGCUGGACGACAUCGUGGAUGAGAUUGAUGCCGACGGAUCGGGAACGGUUGACUUUGAGGAGUUUAUGGAGGUUAUGACAGGUGAAUAGGACCUCUAUCAUACUACUUCGCACCUCAUGUAGGGUAGGAUCCGUUGGCUGCAUCCGUGGACGGAUACGGAAAAGUGGCGCUUCUACCAACCUUGGCACGGCUCCUGGCGAAUCCCUCCUCCUUCGCAGAAAGACAAUCACAGAGUAUACAAAGCAUCAGUUGGCAAAUGGCACGGCAAUGAUACGGUGUAGCUUGUCAUUUGAGCAUAAUCAUCCAUCAUG